AUGGGCUGUAGUAAAGAACAUAAAGCAAGUAUAAGAAGAAUUGAACCUUUUAUUCUAAUUGUCACAUUCAGGCGGAUUAUUUUCGUAAAUUAUACUCGCUAUUUAGUGAAUAUAAAUCAAUUUUUGUGGAUGCAUAAAGUACGUCAGGAGCUCCGUGGAUCUGGUGAGCUGCUUUGUGGAAAAAAUACGCUUAUCCGGCGUGCUAUGACGACUUUUUUUAGUAGUCUUCCAUAUCUUGAAACACUGAUGCCGGUUGUGCGUGGAAAUGUUGCAUUUGUAUUUACAAAUGAUGAUUUGAAAGAAGUCCGGAAUAAAAUUGUGUCUAAUGUAGUUUCGGCCCCAGCUCGAGCUGGUGCAAUUGCACCCUGUGACGUCAUUGUUUAUGCCUGUAAUACGGGUAUGGAGCCGGGAAAGACUUCUUUUUUUCAGGCACUUGGCAUACCGACAAAGAUUUCACGCGGUACAAUUGAAAUUGUAUCUGAUGUUCAUCUUAUCAAAACGCAAUCGAAAGUUGGUGCUUCAGAGGCUACUCUUUUGAAUAUGUUGAAUAUUUCUCCUUUUACAUAUGGAAUUACUGUUCUUCAUGUAUACGACCAGGGAGCUUUAUUUUCUCCAUCUAUUCUUGAUAUUACAGAAGAAGCGUUUAUUAAACAUUUUAUGACAGCCAUUGAAAAUGUAUCAAGUAUAUCAUUGGCCUUAAACUAUCCGACAAUUGUUUCAGUUACACAUAGCUUAAUUAAUGCUUACAAAGAUGUUAUGGCAAUUUCUAUUGCUUCGGAUUAUUUAUUUGGUGCAACAGAAAAGAUUAAAGAUAUGCUUGAGAAUCCAGAUGCGUAUAUUACAAACGUGCCUGUUUCUACUGUUGCUGAGACAGUUGUUCCUCAAAAAGAAGAGUCUGAGGAAGAGGACGAAGAUGAAGAUAUGGGGCUUAGUCUUUUUGAUUAA